UGUUUAGAAAAUAGUUUUUAUUUUAAAUCAAACAUUUUAUUAACAAUUAAUUAGUUAAUUGUUAACUAUUAUAUAUAAGAUUUAAAAAGUUUAACUAAAUUUUUUGUUUAAAAUAUUUAUAAAAAAAAGUUAAAAUCAGAUGAUAAUGAUGUAUAAGUCAUCUAAAAUAACAUAUUUUAGUAGUAUUUUAUUUGUUGUUAUUGCGAUAGCAUUGACCACAACUGUCGAGGUAUGGGCCGACGAUGACACGACAGCGACAACAACAUUGGCCACUAAUACCAUUGUCGAUAGUGUCGCCGACAACACCAAUACCAUCGAUGAGUCGCCAGUAGCUGAUGAAGAAGCCAAUUGGUCUCAUUGUAGAUUUGAAAACAAUACAUUAAUUCCGCUCCAAUCGGAGGACACACACGUCUAUGUGACCAACCAUUCCCGGACUCAUAACCGAUGUGUGUUUAUUAGGGGCACAAUUGCAUUGCUUGACAUUAGAUUUAAGGCAACGACUAACUCGCCAGAGAUAGAAAGGGGUGUUGUGGCCAAAAUAUAUAUGCCUGCACUGGGAAAGUAUGUACGCAUACCGUAUGGCAGUCUUAUCAAUCCGUGCCAAACAAUGAGAGAUCUGAAUGCAACCAAUACAACAACAACAACAACAACAACGACAACUACCGGUGCCGUUACAGUCAACAAACUUAACGAAACUCUAUCACCGUUUGAGAACAAUAACUGUAUGCAAACUGGUAUACAAAAUGGUCACUACUAUCACUCUAUGGGAGAGUUUGUAGUGUCCGAUGAUUUUCCGCAAGUGCAAAACAUACAGGUGAUGAUCUUGUUUAGACACAAAGUUGCCGAUCGACGGGUUAGUAGUUUAAGAAAAUGGGAAAAACAUCCAGGUCCUCUAUUCCAGUGUAUUGUUUUGGACAAUUGUGAUGUCAUAUAAGACAAAAAAAAAACAAAAAAAAAUAAAAAAUUUAUAUCAAUAUUUCUGUAUAUUGAAAUUUAUUAUACAUAUAUACCGUAUAUAUAUAUUAGAUUUUUUGUUGAAUAUUAUUUUAACAUUAGGUUAUGUUGUUUUUUAAAAAAUACUCAUUAUUAACAUAGUAAACAAAACUAUUAUAAAAUGUAUUUAUUGAUCUAAAAUUUAUUUUUAAAAAAUACAUU